AUGUCCCACGAGACGCCGCCGGGGGGGAAGUCCAAGCGCCAGGCGCACGCCGAGCGCCAGCGUGCGCUGGGCUGGAAAAACAUGCUGUCUAUGCGGCUGCAGUACGCGCUAUUCAAGAUCGAAAACGGGUGGACGCGGCAGUCGCUGUCCGAGGUCGAAAAUUUGUACUAUCGGCGCCAGCGCAAUGCGCCCAAGACGCCCCAGGACCGCAAGGCGCACGAAGCACGGGUGGGUGCGAUGGGCGGCCUGAAUUCCUCGCCGUCGGUGGAGCGGGGGCAGGAAAAUGCCGAAUCGGCAACGUACGCCGACUUUUGGAGCCGCCUGGGCACCGCCAAGGGCUCGCCGAGCCAGGCGCCUGAGCCGGGGCAUGCGCCUACGCAGAAUAUACCCGGCGCACGCCCGGCUCAGGCACAGAGCGUGCCGGCCAAGCGCGAGCCGCCGGCGUGGGAGAGCGAGGGGGGGGCGGCACGGACGGCGCCACCCGCGCCGAGCCACGGACACCUCUUUGAAGCCAGCACAUCCAACGACCACGCAGCAGCGCACCCAGUACGUGCGUCGCCGACGGCGGCGCCAUCGCACCCAGUACGCCCGUCGCCCGCUGCGGCCGACGGCGCCCAUGCCGCGGCGCACACGCCGCACUACCGACACGACGAUACCACCCUGGAGCCGAAUAACAACGCCCCAGACGCGGCGCACACGGCCAAACGCGCGCGCGUCGACAUGCCCUCGUGA